CAGUUUUCUCUUUCAGAGUUAAACUUUCCAAAGCUUUGCCUUUCAAUAAAAUAGGUUGGAUAUUUACUGGAUAGUAUCUACAGUAUAUAUACGCCUUGCUGUUCAGCUGCUUCUAUAUUCUGUCCUACUACUAUGAUAUGCAAUAUACCCUUUUCAGUUACUUGAGGGUGUGUUUUAGAUCAGGUUUGGCACUAUGGUCCACCUGCUUUUUGUAAAUAAAGUUUUGUUGGAACACAAUCAUGCCCAUUUGUGUAUAUAUUGUCUGUAGCUGCUUUGCCUUACAACAGCAGAGUUGGGUAGUUGCAACAGAGUUAAAUAGCUGGUAAGCGUAAAAUAUUUGCUAUCUGGCCCUUUAAGAAAAAGCUUUUUGACCAUUGUUCUAGAUCAGUGUUUAUCGAAAAUGUGGUGCCCAGAUCAGCAACCUUAGCAUCACCUGGAAACUUGUUAGAAACACAUAUUCUUGGACUUAACACCCCAGGCCUACCAAAUCAGAAGUUCUGGGGAUGGGGGCCAGCAAUUUGUGUUUUAAGAAGCCUUUCAUGUGACUCUCAUGCACAUUAAAAGUUUGAGAAACUCUGUUCUGGUUAAAUGUUUCCCAAAUGUAAAUCACAUAUAUCACCUGUACUAUUUUUUACCCUGUUUUCUUUUUGUUUAAUUUUUUUUUUGUCAACUCACUUUCUGAAAAUUUAAGCUAAUUGUAAAAUGAAAGUUUAUGUCACCAGAAAAAUAAAUACAAUGAAAACAACAUGGUGUUAGGAGAUAACUAGAGUCUGUUGUCACUUACCCUAUGCUAAAAAUUAGAACUCAUAAGAUGUAUUAAGUACGUACUAAGCACCAAGUGGAAACUUUUUUCUUAAUCAUGAUAAAUAAUCACUAGUGAUUGAGUGGUGUUUAAAAUGUCAUGUUGGUGAAAUCAUACAACAUCUAAAAUUAUUUUUGUCCAAAUCCCAUACUUUAAGAAAUGCUGUAUUAGUUGCUCAUACGGAAGGAAAGCUGCUUCAACUGUACAUGCCUAACCCACUGGGUGGAAAUGACUUUUCCUUAGAAAUAGACAGAAAUACACACCCAUGAGAUAGAUAUCGAAGUCCCCAGAGAGGUCCAUCUAGACUUCUAGGAUGAAAUUACGUAUUUAGCUUCAUCUUACCUUUCCAUUAAUGUUGUGGUCCAUGGUGGUCAGCAAUUCUGCAGGAUUUCGCCAACCUCUUCCACGGUGGGAUUGUGAAAGGUGCUGGCUGUGAGAAAAGCUGAUGAUCAAAGAAAACCCCUGGACUAGAAACUGGGGGAAGUGCUGUGAUUCUGCAUUAUGGACCGGAACCAGCAAGGCAUGCUUACUAGGAAAACAGUUGAUUCACCUCAGAUUUUAGAAUUUUGAGAAAUUCUGGUAUGAAAAUAAAUCAGAUGAUUUAAUGUGCCUCAUAGUAUUAGAGGGAAUACUUCCCCAGACGUGGUGUUCUGAUACUGGCCGAUGUGUUUUAGGGUGUAGUAAUUGUUGAUGGGACUAGAACCUGAAUAUCCCUGGGUUGCUGAGUUGUUUCAGUUUUUUUCUUGCUUUCUUUUACUUAGAGAUUAUGGACGUACUUGCUUCUGUUGUCGUUUGACUCUGCAAUAAAAUAGUGACAUAGGACUCUAAUUCUCGAGGGGCUGAAAGUCUAGUAGGGAGUGAAGAUUGCACAUGAACAGUUACGUUUAUUUUUAAGUGAUAAAUUCUGUGAUUCUGAUUGCAUAUAGGUGUCUAAUUUUGAAGAAAGUUUUUAAAAAAAUAUAAAAGACCACCAAACACCUAUAGGAGAACAAAUGUUAUUUGUUCAUUAAGUAAAGUGUUACAAAUGAAGUCCCUCAUGUUCUCCUUCACAGUUUCAGUCCUUUCCCCCAAAGGCAAUUCUUGUGAAUAUGUCACGGUUUUCCUGCUCUGUUGUUCAGUAGUUGUAAGGCUCAGUCUCCUUCAUGGUAAUCGCUGUUUUUCAUUUUAACUUCCUUUAUCAUUGAGUUGUCUGUCGCCUCUGUCCUUUGAUAUUCUCAUUUAUUUUUCCUUUUUAUUUCUUCAUUAGUUUUAGAUUUGGGGAGGCUCUGCUUAGCAUUUAUAGCUAUCACCAACUAUGGAGAACUUGUCUCUCUAAUAGACAAAUCAGCCAAUUACUUUUUCUUUGGUUCUUUUCAGCUAUUUCUUCAUAGCCAGAGAUAGCUUUCGUUACUUCUAAUUUUGUGUAUAAAAAGUUCUGGAUGAUAGAAGGCAUCACAUAUCCAGAGUACGAGUGUUACUGUAUCAGAAUUGCAGCUCUGCAAUUAAGUAUCAAAAUAUGAGAUUUAGCAGGCUGCAGCUUUUUAAUGAUGGACUUCCCUUUAUGACAUAUACCAUAAAACAAAUUGUAUAUAAUCCACUUUUAGGACUAAAUUUGUGGGUAACUGUUUAUUCAGGCUUUUCUAAGGUGUGUCUUAAAUCUAAGAGGAGGAAUAUGUUGAUUUCCUAAAGCAUAUAUCCCCCUGGCAGAAAUGUGAUGGCAUUGAGCCCUGCCAGUGACCAAGAUUCUGUGCUUUUAUAAUGAGGGAAGGUAGGGUUGUGGCAGGGGUGGAAUAGAGCCCUUGGAAUGUAGCUACUUCAGUAUUUCUUUCUGCACAUUUCCUUCACCAUUCUGUUAGCUCGUAAAGGCCCUGAGUAAGCUUUUCGUCCUGCUACCAAGGCUGUUUCCCAGUCUCAUUCCUUAUAAUUUUUUUAUAUGGAUUUUCAUAGACAAGUAGGCUGAUAGAUUUAAAAAAUUAUUUUAGCAUUAUUAAUCUUUGGUCAUAUUCAGCAAGAAUGAACUUGUUUUGGAAAUUUCUUCUGCAGUGGGCAUUGCAUUUUUAAAAUGUCGGGCUUGUCAUGGCGAUUAUGGUGGGGGUGAUAUUGAUACCUAUUUGUAAUGAUAAACCUUUAGGACCAUAUGAAAGAAUUAAGAGGGAUGGCCUUUCAGUACCCUUAUUUUUUUGCAUUUUCUGGGGGAAAGGAAAGCCUCUACUAAUACUCAGUAUGAUUUUAUAAGUUCUGUUAGAAAGAAUGACUUGAUAUUACAUUUGGAAGGGAGAAUGCCUUAAUUAGUUUUUCCCGCUGCCAUCUUUGUCUGAGUAUUUUUUCUUUCCUUAUGUAAUAAACGUAUUCCUGAAAAGUUUGACAUGUAUCGAGUCCUAUUAAAUGUUUUCAAAGCAUGAGUAAUCAUAUAAUGUUAAGACAUGGUAGUGAAUCUUUUCAUAAAAUGAACCCUAUACUUUGUACUAUAUAAAUAUACAAUGAAUUAAACUGAGUUGUAUUUAUUAACAAGGUAACAUGGAGUAGUAAGAGUUUUUUCUUUUAAGGUUAUUAUAAAAGGGUUCUUACAGGUGAGCUUUAGGCUAAAUUCUAAAGGAACAACAAAGGUAGGUGGGAGAUGUUAGUGGAUUUGGUGAGCCUAUUGGAGGAGUGUGUAAAAAUGAUCAAAUUUGCUCUUUACUGUAAUAGUUAUGGUGAAGCAGUAGCUUUUAUCUUGGUUCCACGUGAAGACAUAGGGGUUUACUUGUCCAUAUGAAGACAUGUGUUUACUGUACAGGACAGGUCUCUUCCUGCUCUGUUACUAGACUAGAAAUUGGUCUUUAUAUAGUUCCCACAUUAUUAUGUGGAGUCCUAGCUUAUGUUGAAGGAAAUGGUAAUAAGAAGGUGGAACAUUUGAAGAUUUGAGGGCACAGGGAAAUGAGAAACUUUAAGCUUAUACACCUCUCUUUCUAGCUCUGGCUUUCCUUUCACUGAAAGGGUAUGGAAUUUAUUUCAGAGGGAAUGUGCCUGCCCUGUCCCAAGCCAACAGUGACACGUGGCCCCUAACAAGUAUGCCUGUGGGGAGGGCUUUGGUUGUCACAUUGGAGAAUGUGGGAGAGCUUUUCCUCUUCUGGCCCCAUUUAUAAACUAGGAUGCUUCCAUUUGCUUUGUGUGCUGUUGAGUUUUCUCUUCUCUGUUUUCUCUAAGCUAAGCUCUUAGCUGAUUCUGUACAAAAGAAAUACUAAUUAGUUGUUUUUAUAAAUUGCUUGCCAUUAAUGCCUGAUAAAAUGCGGUAAAAUAAGGAUUCUGCAUACCAUUAUAUAUGUCAAAUAUUACAAAGUUUAAGGUUCUUUUGAAAUUACAAUACUAAACUCAGUUCACUUUUGCUUAGCCUUCACAGUUGUUGAUCACAUAGCAUGGUCAUCCACUCACAGCUUAAAAAAAUACAGGGAGCAUCGGAGAGAAUGGGUUCAAUGUAUCUAUGCCUGCCUACUUCAGUCUGCAAGGGAGUGUCAGAAAGGCCCCGCAUUCGCCGAGCCGAGAUACUACUCGUCAACGAAUCAAAUUCAGUGAUGACAGAGUAUGCAAGAGUCACCUUCUGAAUUGUUGCCCCCAUGAUGUCCUGUCUGGAACUAGAAUGGAUCUUGGAGAAUGUCUGAAAGUCCAUGACCUGGCUUUAAGAGCAGAUUAUGAAAUUGCAUCCAAAGAACAAGAUUUUUUCUUUGAACUCGAUGCUAUGGAUCAUCUGCAGUCAUUCAUUGCAGAUUGUGAUCGAAGAACAGAAGUGGCUAAGAAAAGAUUAGCAGAAACUCAGGAAGAGAUUAGUGCUGAAGUUGCAGCAAAGGCAGAACGUGUUCAUGAGUUAAAUGAAGAAAUCGGUAAAUUGUUGGCUAAGGUGGAACAGCUAGGAGCUGAAGGAAAUGUGGAGGAAUCCCAGAAAGUAAUGGAUGAAGUAGAGAAAGCACGGGCAAAGAAAAGAGAAGCAGAGGAAGUUUAUCGGAAUUCUAUGCCAGCUUCCAGUUUCCAGCAGCAGAAACUUCGAGUCUGUGAAGUUUGCUCUGCCUAUUUAGGUCUUCAUGAUAAUGACAGACGACUGGCUGAUCAUUUUGGGGGUAAACUGCACCUGGGAUUUAUUGAAAUAAGAGAGAAGCUUGAAGAAUUAAAGAGAGUUGUAGCUGAGAAGCAGGAGAAAAGAAACCAGGAACGCCUGAAAAGAAGAGAAGAAAGGGAGAGAGAAGAAAGGGAGAAGCUGAGGAGGUCUCGAUCACAUAGCAAGAAUCCUAAAAGAUCCAGGUCCAGAGAGCAUCGCAGACAUAGGUCUCGCUCCAUGUCACGGGAACGGAAAAGGAGAACUCGAUCCAAAUCCCGGGAGAAACGCCAUCGCCACAGGUCCCGCUCCAGCAGCCGUAGUCGCAGCCGCAGCCACCAGAGAAGUGGGCACAGUUCUAGAGACAGGAGCAGAGAGCGAUCCAGGAGGAGAUCCUCAAAAGAGAGAUUCAGAGAACAAGACUUAGCAUCACGUGACAGAGACAGGAAUUCAAGAGACAGAUCACCUCGUGACAGAGAUCGAAAAGAUAAGAAGCGGUCCUAUGAGAGCGCUAAUGGCAGAUCAGAAGACAGGAGGAGCUCUGAAGAGCGCGAAGCAGGGGAGAUAUAAUUAGCUGUGUACAUAUCCUCAAUCCUUAAGCUUCCUCUGGAGUUACAUACUAUUGUUUAGUUUACAGCUGUUCAGGGUGACACAGUGAGCAGUUCCAGACACCGAUCCAGCUAGGCUAGGUGUAUAGCAUCUAACUUGAUCUGAACUUGUUUUCUUUGAUGAAGCCUAAAACUACAUCCAUAGUUUCUGGUGAACUUGUAAUACACUUCUGAAAGUACAGUUUUAUAUAAUAAGAUGCUUAUGUCUUUAUUCUUUCUAGUAGGAGUGAUAGUGAAUGAACUGUGUUACUUGCCUUGGGAUUUUUUGAACAUUUGUAAAAUGCUGUCUUCCUUUCUCGUCCAAAAAACAGCAACUUUGGGAAUUUCUUUUUAAUCCUUCUUCCUUUGGCUCUGUAUCCCCUGAUACCCUCUAAUUGUAAGAGAAAGGGGUGCUGGGAAGCAAUAUAACUUCUGUUCUAAGGUUCUAUUCCCAUUAUUAAUUACUAGCCGAUUACAGUUCAGAACAUUUAUACUGGAAUGUGUGCUGGAGAAAUUUAAAAUACUGGGAGUUUUGUUUGUCUAACGGUGCCUAUUUUAGAGUGGGAAGUUGAACAGCUGUUGCAUUACAUGCUUUGCUUUUUUAUUGAAAUUUUGAAAUCAAACAUGUCUUGAUUUUUCUGUUCUAUUGAAUAGCUACGUUCAGGAUGUUUUGAGAUGGGGGGUGGGGGCAGGGACUCUUUCAUAAGCACUUCUUGUUUUAUUUUGUGUGUGUGAAGUAUAAAGAUUACACCCUUAUUGUAAAAAAUAAAAUGAAAAUCACCACCACCAUCAUUAAACUGUAACUUGUCUAGUAAAUUGUCACUAGAACUACUUGCUGUGGCCAUUUCUAUUCUGUUACUAAUAGUGCCUUACUGUGCAAGGCACCAAAGGAAAUAAACAUAUACUUACAGAUUCAAGAUGAAUUGUUGCUCCACCUGGGCCCUUGCUGGCUAUAUUCCAGCUACUUCAGGACUGUCUCUAACAACCGCUGUAGAGAAGGACCAGACCUGCAGAAGAAAUUGAGUUUAUUUGUUUGUUUUUCUUCACAUUGAGCAAAUUGAAAUAAAAACAUGGUGUAACCAGUGUAA